AACCCUCAAACAACAAGAAAAAUUCAAUUGGGCUUCGGAUCCCACGCAGAUGUGUGUAGCAUGAUGGAGGACACUCUACAUUGUAUGACCUCGGGGUAGGCCUAUGGCCGUGGAAGAAAUAUAAGAACCCUCUCUGCUGACCUUCAGGACAUCAUCAACAAGCAUCAAAUCCAGUUCAACUGUCUGAACAGUCUCUAGCAAACCAAUUCUUCUACGUAUUCUCCCAGCUCCACCUCCCAAUCCCGAAAUGAAGCUCAUCAGUGCCUCGUCUGUCGUGGUGGCCGCCACCGUCAUCUCGGCCGCCAACGCCGCUGCUUUUCCCUCUCUGCCCAGCAUCCCGGAAAGCUGCUUGGAGAUCCCCAAGGUCAUGGGCAACAAGCCUUUGCAGCUCCUGCAGUACUUCCACAAGGAAGUGUGUGAGCAGAACUGCACCGCCACCAUCAACCAGCACAACGCCUACGUCCAGAACCAAGUCCUCCCGCAGCUCAUCCAGGACAUGGAUCAGAAGCUGGGUAUCUCUGCCACUGAGCAGGCGCAAUUCAAGCAGCUCCACACCCAGGCCGUUGCCGCCGUCGAGAAGAGCUGCUCUGCCAAAGGCAACAAGCCCCUCUGCAACGAUAUCCAGGGGCUGGUCGAUUAUGGAUUCUGUGCCUUCCAGGCCACUGAGCCUAUCUUCAAGAGCCACCUCAGUCAGUUGCAGUCGGGUUCCCUCAACAUCACGGAGGCCAAAUGCGACAAGAUCAAGGAGCUUGACUCGGACGCCACCGUCUGGCAGAAGACCCUUCCGAGUUACAUUGACACCUUCGCCAAGGAGUGUGCGAGUGAGAAAUAGAAGAAGUGCGCGAGGAUGUUCUAAUCAGGCGAGAUAGCCUAGAUGGCUUGAGCCGAUGUCGAAGCAUCAUUCACGCCGAUUGGAAGCAGCGUUGCUGCGUCGCAGGACGAGGAAGAACCGUUGCAGUCUUGUUUGUUGUUUGUUUGAUUCUACCGGCUUGGAUUUGAGAUCCCGCAAAGUGUCACUCUCUUGAGGAUGUAUCUGGUAUAUGAGAUUUAGUUAUUUUUGAAUUUAUCUGUUGACCAGGUUGAAUUAUUCCAAGU